GACCUGUUGAUUUCCAGCUCAUCAUGCAUCUCUGAAAAAGAUGAUCAGAUAAUUUCAGAAAUUUCGGAAGAGUUCGAAAAAACCAUUCCCUUAGGGAACGAUCAGAGUCAUAUGACUUCAGUUGAACCAGACCUCACGGAGCAAGAUAAUGAUGAGUUGAUUCCGGAGGAAUCACUAGAUAGAAAUCAAAUCGUAGAACAGGGUCUAAUACAAGAGCUGUGUGAUACCUUUGGCACCUGUUCAUCCAUAUCCACUGAAGACAAUAUCAGCUCUACCAAUACUAAUUCCUCUUGCAAUGGAUCAGAGAAUAUGAUUUCGGUCAGAGAGCGUAAUCGUAGCAUAAAAACCAUUUUCUCAAGUUAUCCCAAGAAUACAUCCCGUCUAACUUUUACCGAAGCUGACCAAGUAACCCUUUGGCCGAUGCUUGGAUUAGAGUCUGCGGUAUACCAGCAACGUAAUGUCCUACGUCCAUAUGGUUCAGCCCUUUGGCCGAUGCUUGGAUUAGAGUCUGCGGGAAAUCGAUAUUUAACGACAUUUUUAUGUUUUGACCUAGACAUGAAUUUUGAACGUUAUAUUGAAGAAUACGCAAAUGGUUCUGAUCCUGUCGACUGGAGCAUUUUAAACUGCCUUAAUUGCCUCAAAGAUAAUGACGAUUUGAUAUUCACAUCCGAUAGCAAACAAGAUAUUUUGUAUGCAUUCAUAAGAACUUUCAAAAAAAUUAUUGAAUCCUCUUUCGCACAGAGUGGAGCAAAGAAAAAGGCAAAAAAAAUAUUUGAUAGUAUCAAUGAUACGUUUGAAAGAAGAGAAAUUCGCGAAUUUUUUGAGGAAUUGGACCAUGAAUAUGAAAUAAGGAAAACUGAUCGGGAAGUGUAUAAAAGCGUAGAUACGGCAAAAGUGUUGAUUACUAAGAAAGCAACAGCACGAUUAGGAGAGGCAUUAGAAAUUCAAGAACGAAGAAGUAAUAAAAAGAGGAAGACAAAAGGGAAUGUUGAUGUGGAACCCAAUCACAAUGAAAUGGAGUCUUCUAGUUCAAAACAUCAAGAGAAGUCAAAAAUGCCGAAAAGACAAUCCACCGAAUCAAAUGAUUUUGACGAUAACGAGAUCGAAGAUGCACAAGAGUGUAACCCUACCGACUUUGAUAUUGCAUAUCAUAAACUAGACCCGGCAAAGAUGUGGACUCUCGAGUCCUCUGGUCGUGUUGUUGAAAAAGUGAUUUAUGAGUAUGCACGAAAAUUGACACACGAAUCUUAUUUGCACUCGUUUAUAGUCAACGAUAUUGAUGUAGCUACUGAAUUGUUGUUUUCCAAAGAAGAAUGGAAAGAGAUCACCACCUCAGAGGUUAAAGCUAAGCCGAAACUCGAACCUUCUCAUGUAGAAUUGUUAAAGAAGUACACGACUGACAACAUUAAGAAAUUACGAAAAGCACUUUCUGAACCGCUUGUACCAGAUGGAGGUGAAUUUGAUCGAAACCUUCAUUUUGAUCUGGACUUCAUUAAUUUUGCUUAUCGAGGGAUGUUGUUUUUGUGGGAGAAGGAUGUAGAUCCCUUUGACUCAACAAAAUUAGAGGGUUGGUACGAAAUGUGUGUUUGGAGUCGCUUAAUUGACCCGGCCUUUGACAAUUUGGACAUUAAUUUAGUGCGAGGGGAAGGGAUGAGUUUGGCGUCCAGCGACCGAAAGAACAUUGAAAGGUCAGUAGCUGAUCGAAAAAUUAUUGGUCGAAAAGGGGAUGGUGUUUUCAGACAAUAUAAGAAGCGCAUAGUGUUUGGUGCAGGGCGCAAAUGGGAAGGGUAG